GCGAGUCGUGGAGCAGUAACUUUAGCGCUGUCACAGCGUUCAGGAAAGCGAUCAGCUGUUCUUGGUUUGAUGUAACUUUAGCACGGAAACCAGCAGCGGGUCGGACCACAGGCAUGGCAACAGUUCAGUCAGCGUUCACUUUGGCUGUGAGCAUUCUGCUCAUCACAGAGUUCAUUCUGGCCGAGAAAGACUACUACGAGGUCCUGGGUGUACCUAAAGAUGCGUCUGACCGGCAGAUCAAAAAAGCUUUCCAUAAAUUAGCCAUGAGGUAUCACCCUGAUAAAAACAAAAGCCCUGACGCUGAGGAAAAGUUCAGAGAGAUCGCCGAGGCAUAUGAAAUACUAUCAGAUGACAAUCGGAGAAAGGAGUACGAUCAGAUGAGGAGCAGCCCGUUCUCCAGAGAGAGUCCGAGAGGAGGCGCUGACCACUUCCAUCAACAUUUUAGCUUCAACUUCGAUGAUCUAUUCAAAGGCUCUGACAAGUUUGGACACAAUCCUCAUUUGCAUAAUAAAAGGCAUUUCGAGAGGCACUUUCAGGCCCACCAAGAAGCACGCAGCAGGCACAGGAGGCACUUUCAGCAGUCUUUCGGUGGUGACAUAUUCGAUGAUAUGUUUGAGAAUAUGGAGAAGAUGUUCUCUUUUAAUGGACACCAGACUCGGGCUCAAAGCAAGUCUCACGGUUCCACCAGGCAGCACUGUAGGACUGUCACACAGCGAAGGGGCAACAUGGUUACAACAUACACAGACUGCUCUUGAGUUAAUGUGCACAUGGAAAAGUCUUUUGGCUGUGUGGAUUGAGACCGCAAUUAAUUCUGUUUUGCAUCAUUUCUGAUCAUCUGCAAGAAUCAUCACAUAUUUUUGGACAUAACAUCCCCAGUUUAGGGAUCCUGUGUCUGCCUUUAUACAAAAUUCACCAUUCACAGCAUAUUAAUAAUGUUAUUAACGGCUAAUAUUAAAACUUAUUCUCAGUAAACACGAUGACCUCAUCCAAAUGGCUAAAAAUACUUUUUCAGAUAUAUUUUAAAUACAUUUCAAAACAUUUUUGUU